AAUUCCCUCAAUCCCUGCCGCUCCGGCACUUCCACCGCCGCCGGUCCUCCCCGACGACCCAGCGCACCACCAGCCUGCACUCGUCGGCGUCCAGUCGACGGUGAUAGAGGAGUACGACCCCGCCAGGCCCAACGACUACGAGGAGUAUCGCCGCGAGCGGAAGCGAAAGGCGAGGGAGGCGGAGAUGAUGCGUGAGCUGGAGCGGCGGCGCCAGGAGGAGGAGGAGAGAGAGAGGAGAGAGAGGGAGGAGAGAGAAAGAGAGAGGGAGCGGGAGCGGGAUUACGGCGAUUCCAGGUUGAAUAUUUCCGGCGAGGAAGCGUGGAGGAGGCGUGCUGCCAUGAGUAGUGGAGGUGGCAGCGGUGGUGGUGGGGGCGCUGUUCCGCGAUCGCCGUCGCCACCAGGGAAUUCGGAUGGUUUUACCAUUGGGAAGUCGGAGACUGGUGGGUUGGGGCUGGGGGCAGGCGGGCAGAUGACGGCGGCGCAGAGGAUGAUGGCGAAAAUGGGGUGGAAGGAAGGACAGGGGCUUGGGAAGCAAGAACAAGGAAUCACUACUCCAUUGAUGGCAAGGAAAACUGAUAGAAGAGCUGGUGUUAUUGUGAAUGCCAGUGAGAACAGUAGUAAUAAGCCUGAGAAGAAGGUGAAGAGUGUUAACUUCCAUGGGGUUCCUACUAGGGUGCUCCUACUUAGGAACAUGGUGGGUCCUGGUGAGGUAGAUGAUGAACUAGAAGAGGAGGUAGGAUCAGAAUGUGCCAAGUAUGGAACUGUAACUCGGGUUUUGAUAUUCGAGAUAACAGAGCCAAAUUUCCCUACUGAUGAAGCAGUAAGAAUUUUCGUGCAAUUUGAGAGAUCAGAGGAAACAACCAAAGCUUUAAUUGACCUUAAUGGUCGGUACUUUGGAGGUAGAGUGGUGCAGGCCUCAUUUUAUGACGAGGAGAAGUUCGGCAAGAAUGAGUUAGCUCCAAUGCCAGGAGAAAUUCCUGGUUUUUCCUGACAGGAAAAGACUCGUUGAUUUCCAUACAGUUGACCCUGGUGAUUGCUCUGAAAUCUUGAAAUUGAAGGUUCAGUGUUUCAUUACAUUAUAAGAUAAUUAAGCAUUGUGUUGUACUUCGGAUUCAAUCAUGGUCGAAGUGUGUUGUAAGGAUGACAAAGGGUUGCUGCUCAAAGAAUUAUUGUGAUGAAAAAAGAACAAACUUCACUAUUAGCUAGCUAGUUCUAACGAUUUUCAUUGUACAUUGUUAGUUCCUUGAUGUGAUGAUCGAAUUUUGAAAUUGAGAUCCUAAUGAUUAGUUAUUACGGUGUCAGAUGCUAUACUCUGAUACCAUGAUGUAUUAA